CGCUCGCUCCGCCGCCGCCCGCCCGCCUCGCCGCUCGACGCAGCGCCAUGGAUGAGUUCCACCCGUUCAUCGAGGCGCUGCUGCCGCACGUGCGCGCCUUCGCCUACACGUGGUUCAACCUGCAGGCGCGCAAGCGCAAGUACUUCAAGAAGCACGAGAAGCGCAUGUCCAAGGACGAGGAGCGCGCAGUCAAGGACGAGCUGCUGGGCGAGAAGGCCGAGGUGAAGCAGAAGUGGGCGUCCCGGCUGCUGGCGAAGCUGCGCAAGGACAUCCGGCCCGAGUGCCGCGAGGACUUCGUGCUGGCCAUCACGGGCAAGAAGGCGCCGGGCUGCGUGCUGUCCAACCCCGACCAGAAGGGCAAGAUGCGGCGCAUCGACUGCCUGCGCCAGGCCGACAAGGUGUGGCGGCUGGACCUGGUCAUGGUCAUCCUGUUCAAGGGCAUCCCUCUGGAGAGCACGGACGGCGAGCGGCUGGUGAAGGCGGCGCAGUGCGCGCACCCGGUGCUCUGCGUGCAGCCGCACCACAUCGGAGUGGCCGUCAAGGAGCUGGACCUCUACCUGGCCUACUUCGUGCGUGAGCGCGAUGCUGAACAGAGUGGCAGUCCCCGAGCAGGGAUGGGCUCCGACCAGGAGGACAGCAAGCCCAUCACACUGGACACAACCGACUUCCAGGAGAGCUUCGUCACCUCUGGAGUGUUCAGCGUUACAGAGUUGAUCCAAGUGUCCCGGACGCCCGUGGUGACCGGGACAGGACCCAACUUCUCUCUAGGAGAGCUGCAGGGCCACCUGGCCUACGACCUGAACCCAGCCAGCACCGGCAUGAGAAGAACGCUACCUAGCACCUCCUCCAGCGGGAGCAAGAGGCACAAAUCGGGCUCGAUGGAGGAGGAUGUGGACACGAGCCCCGGCGGCGACUAUUACACUUCGCCCAGCUCCCCCACGAGUAGUAGCCGUAACUGGACGGAGGACAUGGAAGGAGGCAUUUCAUCCCCUGUCAAGAAGACAGAGAUGGACAAGUCUCCCUUCAACAGCCCGUCCCCCCAGGACUCACCGCGGCUCUCCAGCUUCACUCAGCAUCACCGGCCUGUCAUCGCCGUGCACAGCGGGAUCGCCCGGAGUCCCCACCCGUCCUCAGCCCUGCACUUCCCUACAACGUCCAUCCUGCCCCAGACGGCCUCCACCUACUUCCCCCACACAGCCAUUCGGUACCCGCCACAUCUCAACCCUCAGGACCCUCUCAAAGACCUUGUUUCACUGGCCUGCGACCCAGCCAGCCAGCAGCCUGGACCGCCUACUCUCCGCCCGGCACGUCCCCUGCAAACCGUACCUUUGUGGGAUUAAGACCAAGGGAUCCUGCGGGCACAGUCCUGGUACCUGGGAUAGCAGAGGUCUUUGCCCGGCACCUGUCCAUCGUCCCAGAAGUCCCCAGGGGUCUCAGCACCCGACCCCCAGCCCACAUUUUCGGUGGAAAAUUAGAACGAGCAAGAAAACCCCCGCUGACUCCCAGUGUGGCUGAAAAGACAAACACACGGACACAGGAGGGAAGGAGACAAAAGAAAAAUCCCACCCAGCCAAGAAGAGGGAGGGGCUCGGACACCUCGGCCCAGGACACAGCGGAGCCGCCCUGUCCACUCCGUGGUACCCCAGGCUGAUGGAUGAAUGGCCACAGCCCUCCUGCUCCACUAGGCCCUGCUGCCCCCUCAGACCAGGUGAGCCCACCCUGGCACCCACGACCAGAUGGACAGAUGGACGGGGACAUGCCACCCGGCCAGGCCACCUCUCCCUGGGGCCCUGCUGCCACUGAUGCCAGCACAGGGACCUCAGCUGCCGUCCCCACGGAUGCCAAAGACAGAGGUGGAUGCUGGUGGGGCAUGGACCAGCCUCGGGCACCAGAGACCUGGUGGAGGACAAGGCGGGCAAGCCAGCAGCACGGGCAGAAAAGGGCCCGUGGGGACGCCCCAGUGUUGGCUGUCACCUGGGAAGGACAUGAGACACAGGUACUUUGGGACUCCCGGGAGGGUCCUAUGCCCGUCCAACCUUGCCCCUCCUGCUUCUUCUGGCAGAGGACUUUAUCUUUGGGCCUCAGCCUGCCCCUUUGGGAGGAGCCGUCUCUAUGCAAUUUGUCCCCAGCCCCACCCCCGGCAUUGGCAUCGGGAGGCCAGUACAGCCACCCGUUUCCUGCUGGCCCGGCACCUGGGGAUGGCACCCCAGGGGGCGACUCCUCUACUCCUCCUUGCACACUUGGAAGAAAUGCACUUUGAGAGGAUGGGGACCGGGAGCCGGGGACUCUCACACUGAGGUUCUCCUCUGUAGUCUGUCCAUCGAGCCCGGGAGGGUUGGAUGUCCCUGUCAUGGCCCCUGGAGGUGGGAGGUGACAGCAAGUAUUCUAAGUGCCUGACCCCCACCACCUCCCGCCCCCAUCGCCCAGCUGGACAGAGUGGCCGGGGUGCCCCACCCCCAUCCUCCCGCCUCACCUUGGCCCCUCAUUGCUGUGUCCUCACCAAGAUGAAGAGAUGAGACCCCAAGGGCCCUCUGCUCGGGCUGGGGACCUCGUGUGCCGCCCCCCCCCCACACCUCCUCUGCCAGUGCCUUACAUCCUGGGAGACCCACCCUGGUGUCCCCCACUGUAGGGGGACACAGUUUGCACUUUUAUCCCCCGAAGACACGGGGCCCAGGGACAAGGGCCAGGUGCGUUGGCACCCAGCCCCCCCAGAGGGAUUGACGAGGCCGGUGGAAGAGGGGUGCUUGGACCCUAGACUGGGUGGGCAGCUGGCUGGGGGGGUCUCCCAUCUGCUACGCAUUCUCCUCUGACCUUCUCCAAAAAACAGAACACUAAGGUGGGACACAGGGUUGCCAGCCUGGCCCUGGCUCCCCAGCCCAUCCAUACCCAUGGGGGCUGGGAGGGGUGUAAAGUGUUUUAGGGCCACCAAGCCCAUGCACAAGGACACCCUCCCAGAUCCCGAAGGACCCCGUAGCACCUGCUGCUCGGGUAUAACCCCGUCCACAUCCCCAGCCCACCCAGGCCAAAGCCAUUGUCCAUGCAGAGCCUGCCAAGCCAGGUCCACCCAUAGCCCAGCCACCUCCCUCCCCAUCACCCCAUUUUUCUUGUAAACUGGCCCCAGGGUGGGGCUUGGCAACUUUUUCCCACCCCUGAGGCCUUGAACACUCGGUCCCUCUAACCGUCUUCAGGGGUCCUCUGAGUGGGGGCCCUUGGGGACCAAGGUGUGGGCUGCUGUCCAGCUACGGGGGGCAGGAGCAGCACCACCAGGGUGGAGGCAGGAAUGGGGUCAGGCCAUACCCUGGAGGACCCAGCAGAUCCCUUGACCCCCCCCCACCCCAGCUGCCAGCCAGCCGGGUUCCCAGGGGUCAGGGCUCAAUGAGAAUUGACUCUCCUAAAUGCAUGGUGCUUAAGGCCCCGCGACCCCAGUCCCCACGUCAGCUCGGGGGCUGACGCGUGCAUGACAAAACCACCCCAGCUCUAUGUCCCUACCCAGGUCCCCCCCCCCUCACCACCUCUAUUAAAAAAGAAAAAAAAAGAUACACACACACAAAAAAAAAAAAUCCUUACCAAAAAAAAAAGAAAAAAAAAAGUCCAUGUUUCCAGAUUUGCACGACUUUCUACCACAUCAGGUGCCUUGCCUUCCCAGACGAGUAUUACCGCCGGCAGCAUAUCGGCGCACAUGCACGCAUGUCCUGCACGCGUAGUUCAAAGACAGACAGUGACGUGAAGCGAGUAACAAAAACAAAAGGGAUGUAUUUCUAUUUGUAAAAAAAAAAAAAAAGAAGAAGAAGAAGAAGAGGAAGAAGAAAGAGUUUUUUUUUAA